GAACUUUCUGGCGGAUUCAAGGAAGCUCAUGCAGUCUUGAAUCACUUGUCUGAAUGCGGGAAAGCAAAGUACCUUGUAACAAACAAGAAGGAUUUAAUGGAGGGGGUGAAAGUCUCUCUUUCAGCACGAGCACUUUCUGGCACAACAAGUCUAGAUUUUGAUGUGCUGCAUUUGAUUGGGACGGUAGAAAAACUUGAGCAUCAGCUUAAUGUGAUAGAUCAACGCUGGAAAAGGUCUAGAGAAUCUGCUUUAGCUUCUCUAAAGCUUGGGAACAAACAGGUGGCUCUAAGGUGUUCAAGGGAAAUGAAGCUGGCUUCUCUGAGUAGAGAAAAAUGUACAGCGCUUUUAAACCGAGUGGAGGAAGUCCUUGCAAUUAUUUCUGAUGCAGAAGCCUCAAAGGAGGUUUCUGAAGCCAUUCGAAUUGGCACACAGGCUAUUAAGGAAAAUGGGAUCAAUUAUGAUGAAGUUGAGCUGUGUCUACAGGAGCUGAAUGAGUGUGUUGAAUCCCAGAAGCAGAUUGAUGAAAUUCUAGGAUCAAAUGUAGCAGUUGCAGAAAUUGAUGAUGAAGAUAUUGAAGAUGAGCUGAAGAAGCUAGAGCUGAAUUUUGCUGAGGUACCGACUGAAACAUCCACCAGUCAUAGUGCAGUGGACGCUGUAGUAGCAGGAGGGCAGGAAACUACUGAUGCGAUGAGUGACUCCCUUGCGAACCUUCAUAUCUCACACCAUGCAAGGAAGGACCUGGAGGCAGAACAUGUUGUGGAGCCUAUGGGUGACUCGUCAAAUGAUGUCAAUCGGGAAGCUGCUCUGGCAUAGCUAAUUGCAUUUAGGAUCAUGUUUUCUCCAUGUUUUCGUACCGUGAUGCCUGGUAGUCCAGCCAUGAUUGAUAGUCUGCACCUUUCGUCUGCGGGGAUCAGGGCACAAUUGUUGCGUGAAACACUGUCAAUAUGAGAUUAUGCAUUGACACAAGGGUGGGUCAAGGGAAGCUAGUAAAGCUUUUGCUUUAGGCCCGCUAAGUAUUUGGGUCCCAAAAACGUUUUUAGUUGUGAAUUUACCAUCUUAUUUAUCCUUAUAAAAAUGGAAAGAAAGACUAUCUAAAUUUUAACAAUAGAAAUAUUUUAGAACUUUGAAUUAAGA